CAACGAGGAUGCGCCAGCCUGCACCUUUUGUCUCCCGCCCACUGGGGCCUCGUGCCGUCGAUGAUGGAAUAAACAUCUAAUUGUCUGGGUCCGGGUGGAUCUGCUUCUUUUUCUUUUUCUUUUCUCUUCGCUGCUAAUUUUGUUUGAUUUCAUGGCAUUGGGUGGGUCGGGGUGCACUUCUACGACUUCCAUCCAAGUGAUAAAUGAAUCCUGUCCCUCGAGUUUUGGCUUCUAGCUCUCUUCUAGUCCAAUCCACUUAUACAGAAAGUACCAGUGUAGGACAUUGGCACGAAAGAUCUUUGCGCUUUACCUACCGUUUGUUCAACUCCCACAGUCAUCAGUCUACUACAUCCACCGACGCUUUCACAUCGACAUGUAUACCUCGGCUUUGCUUUUCGCUCUCUCCCUGACUGCUCAGGCAGCUCCGGUCUUCCAGUCUCAAGCAAACGAUACCAUGGCUCGCAGGCAUGAACUACCUUACAAGGUCGUCAACGUUGCUGGCACCCCCGCGCCGACGGUCGAGACAGUCACCGCUACGCCCUCGCCGCCCGUGACGGUCACCGUCACUGAAUAUCCCUCUUCUACGCCCGCUCUCGGACCUUUCUUUUCUUCCUGGGGUGUCGGUCCUCAAGUAACGGGCACGCCCCUUUCCGAGCCACCAGUUGCGGCGCGUGGACUCAACAGCACAGAAAAUCACCACCGUCGUCAUGAGCACGCCGCAGAGACCAACACCACCGUCACCGAAGCUCCUGCCAGCCAGGUAGCCCCCGCGAUGAUCAAGCGAAGCAACGAGGCCGUGUCUCACGCUUUUACCCAGCACAACGCCACUGAAAAUGAACACCACGCGGAGCACGACGGCGACAAAGCUUUGAUUGGCGCAGCUCUCACACACAUCGCCGGAAGCGCAAAUGAGACCCAGCCAGCCCGGAUGGAUGUUGCCCCCGAGCAUGCCGCUACUCUCACCGACGCUAAACACAUCCCUCACAGCACCAACGACACCGUGGAGUCUCGAUUGGUACUCGCCGCUGAACAGUCUGGUGCUACCAAGCGCGCAGUCAACACCACCGAUCCUGCUGCCAAGCACUUUAUCAGAAGCUCAAACAGCACCUCGGUUCAUGCUCGGAACGUGACCGAGGGUGACUAUUAACCUUCUGAGAGACGACGCUCUCUUCUGACUUUCCAUUACAACCCUAAAGAUUUUUCGACGACUGAUACGAUCGGAUGCGAUGACUACGAUAAACGGCAGGCGAGCAUUCUUCCUUUUCCUCUUUUCCUCAUAAUGGGUAUUUGGUUCCGGCUUCUAUGCGUCAUGAAAUGAGUGGCAUGACGAUCGCCUUUUAUGAGGGUUAGCAUAUCUGGGGCGUUAAUUCUUUUCUG